AUGGAAGUCCUCACCAGCUAUGGGCUGUGCCUACCCUCCAGCAACAGUACCAGCCUCGUUGAACCCAUCAUGCGUACUGUCUCAUCCCUGUUGCUUCUAGGCACGUUAGCCUUCCAGGCCGUUUUAAGCCGUCCUGAAGCCGUGCGCAUCAAGCGGGAGGGCGAGAUCCUGAAGAGAUCGGUCGACUCCUUCAUUGCUACCGAAAGUCCCAUUGCCCUCCGGAACCUCCUUUGCAACAUUGGCACUGAUGGUUGCCAUGCUUCGGCGGCUGCCUCGGGCGUCGUCAUUGCCAGUCCAUCAACGGACAAUCCAGACUACUAUUACACCUGGAUCAGAGACUCAGCCUUGGUCUUCAAAUGCAUAGUAGAUACCGUCGGCAAUGAAUAUAGCCCCGACCUUCAGGAGCAGAUCCAGAAUUAUGUUACUUCUCAAGCGAAGCUUCAGGGCGUUUCCAAUCCUUCUGGCUCGCUAUAUGACGGCGCGGGCCUGGGAGAGCCGAAGUUCCACGCAAAUCUGACCGAGUACACUGACCCAUGGGGUCGACCUCAACGAGAUGGUCCAGCCCUUCGAGCUAUUGCUAUGAUUAACUAUGCCAACUGGCUGGUAAACAAUGGCUACUCGUCCACAGCUUCUAGCAUUCUUUGGCCCGUUAUUCACAACGAUCUUGCCUAUGUGGCCGAGUAUUGGAACCAAACUGGCUUUGACCUUUGGGAAGAAGUCCAGGGCAGCUCCUUCUUCACUGUGGCCAACCAGCAUCGAUCUCUGGUCGAAGGCAGUGCCCUGGCGAAGUCGCUCGGCACGUCUUGCAGCUACUGUGAUGAGGUCGCGCCUCACAUACUCUGCUUCCUCCAGAGCUUCUGGUCAACCGCGGGCGGUUACAUAAUUGCUAAUAUCAACGCUAGCGGUCGAAGUGGGAAGGACGCAAACACGAUCCUAGGCUCGAUCCAUACCUUCGAUCCGACGGUUGGAUGUGAUGCUAGCACUUUCCAGCCAUGCAGCGACAAGGCCUUGGCCAACCACAAGGUCGUCACUGACUCAUUCCGUUCCAUCUACUCAAUCAACAAGGGGAUUGCUCAGGGGAAAGCCGUAACUAUUGGCCGAUAUCCAGAAGACAUUUACUACAAAGGGAACCCCUGGUAUCUCAGCACUCUCGCGGCAGCCGAGCAGCUGUACGAUGCUCUGCACGUUUGGGAUAAGCAAGGAUCGAUCACCGUCACCUCGACAUCUCUGGCUUUCUUCAAGGAUUUAGUCCCCUCGGUGUCGGCAGGAACAUACGACGCCGGGUCUUCCACUUACACGGCGCUCCACGGCGCGGUUCAAGCAUAUGCCGACGGCUACUUUGAUAUCGUCGCAACUUACGCCCAGGCCAACGGGUCCCUUUCCGAGCAGUUUGACAGGAACAGCGGAAGCCCUCUGUCGGCAUACGACCUGACCUGGUCAUACGCGUCCUUCCUCACCGCUGCCGCCCGUCGGGCUGGCGUAGCUCCGUCCUCCUGGAAUGCCGGCUCCGGCAAUUCUCUUCCUGAAUCUUGCUUGGCGACCUCGAUCAUCGGCACAUACUCUUCAGCAACCUCGACCAGCUUCCCCAGUUCUCAGACGCCCCAGAUAGGCAUACCCACUUCAGGAACCAUCAGCACGACCACGCCAUGUGCCACCCCGACGUCUGUGGCCGUGACAUUCAACGAGUUUGUAACGACCACUCCGGGCCAGACAAUCAAGAUUGUCGGAGACAUUGACGGGCUGGGCAACUGGGACACAGGCAACGCCGUUGCUCUGAGUGCUUCACAAUACACGUCCAGCAACCCACUCUGGAGCGCGACCAUCGACCUGGGGGCCGGUCAGGUCAUCCAGUACAAGUACAUCAAUGUUGGGGCAGACGGUUCGGUCAGCUGGGAGUCUGACCCCAAUCACACCUACACCGUUCCCGUGAGUUGUUCGACUGCGGUGACCAAGACGGAUAGGUGGCAAUCUUAG